AUGGGUUUACGUAUUUUCAUCAGCCCUCCUGAUGAGCGACCAUCAGAGAGUCAACCAUCCUCUCCUACUCCCCCUCUUCAUCCUGCCAGCUGUUCAUGCCCUCUCUGUCGAGCCCGCCUAGGCUCUAUGAGCUCAGGUAAUGCAGGAAGUCCUUCUAGCGAAACCCAGGUGGGAAGUUCCUCGCAGGCAGCGCCUUUCACGGCUUUUCUCCCACCGCACUCCAGAAACCCAACCAUAACCAGACCAGACGUCGAUAAUAGCCCAGCCAGAAACAAUGAGGAUGUCCGAGCGGCCCAGUUGCAAGUGGAAAAUGCAGAAGAGAAAGUGUGGGAAGCUGAGGCAGAAACUGAUGAAGCAAAGUCUUCGCUGCGAGAAGCCGAGCAGGAUGCCCGAGCGGCCCGGUUGCAAGUGGAGAUUGCAGAAGAGGAAGUGCGGGAAGCUGAGGCACAAGCUGAGGAUGCAAAGGAUUCGCUGGGAGAGGCCGAGUACAAAUGGCUGUUAGCGAAGAACUACCAACCUGGAAGACUCGCUCUAUCCACAGAUUUAUUCAAAACUGCUCCUAUGUCUUGUGGUCUACGGGUAUCAUCAAGAACGGAUCACCGAAAAUAA